GUUAAAAGGUAAAGGCACACUCUCUUGUGCAAUCGGUCGUCGCGUUUGUAGACGUGGAUUUUACUUUGAAAGUCCCAACGGGAAGUUUGUCUUUUAUCUGGGCAGGCUCGGGCGACCAAGCCUCUGGAGCUGUAAGCCAAUCGCAGGGCAACGAGCGUCUGCCCCCGACACGCGUCUACUUUCAUGUCUCAUCACAAACAUUGGCUGCGUGAAGGAGUCUGAAGGCGUCUUUUCGUUCUGCCCGUUCGCUUCGAAUUGUUUUUAGGAGGCUUUAUGAUGCUGGUGGUGCACUUGCUGAGAGGUGCAGUGAAGCAUUCUGGGAGCAGGCCCCCGUGCAGUGCCGAGCGACUGGUCUCACCAGUACGUGGCAUCAGCUCAUCUUCACGACACUUAUCUGCUUCUGGGAGAACUCAGCGUUCAUCCUGCACUGACACUGACCACCCCAGAAUCCUCAUCACUGGAGGACUUGGACAGCUGGGGGUGGGGCUUGCCAAGCUGCUGAGGAGACGAUUUGGAAAAAACAACGUGAUUCUGUCUGACAUCCGGAAACCUCCCAACCAUGUCUACCAUAAUGGUCCAUUCAUCUUCUCAGACAUCCUGGACUAUAAGAACCUCAGGGAGAUUGUGGUCAACAACAACAUCAGCUGGCUGGUUCACUACUCAGCUGUGCUGUCUGCUGUGGGAGAGAACAACGUCGCUCUAGCCAAAGAGGUCAACAUCACAGGUCUCCAUAACAUAUUAGACAUUGCAACCGAACAUGGUCUGCGUGUGUUUAUCCCCAGCACUAUUGGUGCCUUCGGUCCUUCCUCACCCAGGGACCCCACCCCUGAGCUGUGUGUGCAGAGACCGCGCACCAUCUACGGUGUCUCCAAGGUCCACGCAGAGCUGAUGGGUGAGUACUACCACCACAGGUAUGGGCUUGAUUUCCGCUGUCUCAGGUAUCCAGGCAUCAUCUCAGCUGAAUCCCAGCCGGGAGGAGGAACCACAGACUAUGCCGUGCAGAUCUUCCAUGCAGCAGUGAAGACUGGUCAUUUCGAGUGCUACUUGCGCAGUGACACACGGCUUCCAAUGAUGUACAUAGAUGACUGUCUCAGGGCUACUCUAGAGUUUCUGGAGGCUCCAGCAGACACACUAGUCAACCGCACCUACAACAUCAACGCCAUGAGCUUCACACCACACGCCCUCACCCAGGAGAUAAAGAAAGUCCUGCCUGACCUCAAAGUCGCCUACAAUGUGGAUCCUGUUCGACAAGCUAUAGCGGACGGCUGGCCAAUGGCAUUAGAGGACAGCGCAGCAAGGCAGGACUGGGGCUGGAAGCACGAGUACAACCUCCCAGAGCUGGUGCAGACCAUGCUCACUCACAUCACUAUGGGCAACCAGCUGGCGCAAGCCUACUGAGUCUUUUUGUAGCAUUUUUGCAGAUACUCCAUACAAAGCUUUAUUCAAAAGGAGGUGACAUUUAGAAUUUAAGAGCUUUUUUUAAAUUUCUGUCAUAGGAAAAUCGCAAAGUCUUACCUAAAAUCUUAAGAUCCUAAAUUAAUAACAUAAAAAUCAGGCAGGGGGAUAAGGAAUGAGAUCAUUCAAAUAAAUACCAACAAUUUGACAAUCAAACUGAAAUAUAAAUGUCAAUAUCAGAGGCAAAAAAACAUUCAAAAGCACUACUUAUCAUACUUUUGAUUAGAUUUUUGAUCAUCUCCAUUUCUCACCAUCUGCCUGUAAGUCCUCUUCAUCUGUUCAUCUCAUCUCUCGUUUUCCUCUCUCUCUCUCUCUCUCUUGUCCACCCAUCUAGCUUUUGUGUGAAACUAACAAUGUGCUGCAAGAGCCUGCUGGACACUGUCACUAAGCUACCGAACUUGUAAGAAAGUUGAGCUCUCUCUCUGAAUGUCCUGUAUGUUUGUAUUUAUAGGUUAGUAUGGAGAUGACUUUGCCAGCCUACUGUAUGUACCUCUGUAGCAGCUAAAUGAAAAACCUGAAAAACCAGUUGGCUCUUAGUAAGAGUUGCACUCCAACUGGUCACCAAUAUGUACUGUAACUAUAGCCAUUGAAAGGCUUUACCUCGGGUACUGUUACUAUAGAAACUGAUAACCCUAGCUUACCCUAACUUGACCUUUGCACUAGGUGCUUUUUAUGUUUUUGUCAUUUCAUUAAAAUUAUUUUUAUUGUUGCUUUCUGUUUAGAGGCUGCGAUCUUGGUGCUAAUAAUUUAUGAAUGUUUAAACUAUGAAUGCAUUAGCAGACAUUCUUCAUGUUACUGAGGAAAAUAGAGCUGUCCAUCUUAUGGGCUGUACCCUCAUAACUUAGCUCUGUGAAAGAAAUGUGUAGAAUGAAGGGAGUGGAUAUUGUUUUUUUAAUGUUGAUGUUAUUUAUAAUGCUAUUCUUUACCGCUUAUUCCAUUAAA